UAGAUGUGUAAAAAACCUUGCAUUAGAACCUGUAAUUUACUAUUGCAGAUUCUGGCAUAAGAAAAAAAAUAAUUUUGCGAAGAAGAUGGAAAUUUAUGCCAAAAACAGGAAAGCUGGAUAAUUCUAUAUAAGGAUUAUACCAUACCUAAUUUUACGACCGAUAAAAUCAAGCAUAACAAUUACUUUUAUGCAAUAUACCAAAAAUUAAUUAAAUAAAUGAGACUGUCAAUUUCAAGUGGAAAGUAGAAAUUGGUAGAAAGGAUUCAUUGUAGAAACUUUCAUAAUUGGCUAAUGAUAUCCAUUAGAGAAUGUGAAAAUUAAGUCUUAGAUGGAGCUAAAUGGUGUUAUAGUAGGGAUUUAACCCAGUAGAGAAAUAUUCUAAUUCUGUUAGAAAACUCAACUCUUUUUAUUUUGUCUUGUUAUUCCAAUAAAUCAAGGUUAAUUACCAUCUUUUCUUAUAUUCUUAAUAACAAACACAUUAGUUCAUUCGAAGAGAGUAUGCCUUUAGUACUAUCCAAUUAAUUGAAUUACAAAAGUGAAAAAUUAGCCUCAUUUAAUAAGUGGCUUUAUGACAGUAUCUUUAAUUAUCAAACAGAAGACCUUUUAGAAUUUAAAGAUAUCUAUUGA